AUGGAGGACAGAAGCAGCUGCAACAGAGGCCGGGAGCGCUUGGGAAUAUGCUUCACCAUAGACUACCUGCUGUACAACAAGGACAGUAAGUGCAUGAGAGAAGAGCAAACUAAUCCCCCAGUGGAGCAGACCCCUCAUAGCCCACUGGAGGGGCAGAGUCCUGACAUCCUCUCAGAGAGGGAACGUAUCAAACUUGGGAGCCCUGAGAAGGGGCCAGAAGAAGAAGAGGGGUCAGAGGAGGAGAAUGAGGAGGAGGAGGAGAUCAAAGGGGGAAAAGACCAAGAGGCAACCACUACAGACAGCCCACAGGACAAGCCUUCCCAGUCCUACAUCUCCCUUAUCUCCAUGGCCAUACUUGCUUCAGAGGAGAAGAAGCUCUUGCUGUGUGACAUCUACCAGUGGAUCAUGGAUAACUACCCCUACUUCAAGAGCAAGGUAUGUCCAAGUGAUUCAUUUCAGGGUUCAUUUCAAGUUGAGAAUUUGUCUGAAUUAGGGUUGGGGUCAGUUUCAUUUCAAUUCAGGAGAUACAGUACAUUCCAAUUCCAAUUCAAUAAUUGAAAAGAGUGCAAUUUAUUUUGAAAGCAGAUUUUUUCUAUUCUUGAAAUGCAAUUUCAACUCACUUCUUAUAUGGACUGAAUUUAAUUGAAAUUGACAACUCCCUGUAUAGUCAAUAGCCAAUUACUGAUAUUCCUAUCAAUUUAACUGAAUAACAGUAGACAAGAUACUCAUGAGAAAAACCUUUGCAAAGCUCUUUGAUCAAGCAAUGACUAGUGUGUGGAAAGUUUCCAAAACUUAAAGUACUAUUUGGGACAUUACACACAUCCUCUACUGUAGUCAAAAGGCAGCAUCUGAAAAUAAAGAGCUUGAAAAAAGUAUAUCUAUAAUUUUAAAUGUUCACUAUAUUCCUAUUGUGAACUGUUGAAACAGGGUGGUCUGAUUCAGUAAUAAGUAUAAUUACUGCAUGCAGGACCCUGGCUCGGCUGGUCCUGUUGUUGCAUGGAAGGUCUAAGUAAUCUCAAGGCUAUAGGUAAACCUGUUGAUAGCCGCAACUGGCUAAAAACUAAAACUAGGUCUUUAACAGGUGUAACAACAGGUUUACCUCAUAGGAUUGGGGGAGUUUGACAAGGUGAAUGUGGUGGUUUCGUCUGGCAGCCAACUCAAACAAACUUGACCAAAGGUCACCGUGGACCCUUCACAUGAACUUGGCACCAAUUAAAUGAAAGCAAGGGCAAAUUGCCAUAUUCUCAGUACAGUGUAUCAAUGCAUAUACUGGGGAUUCAGCCGUGAGGUAAAACGAUUAUUGGUUUCUAAUAAAUGAGGACAAGGAUGAUAUGUUGAACAGUUUCUGUUCCAGGGCCACAUACAACACUUAAUUCAUUACUCACCUUUAUACUUCAUGUCUCAUAUGUCAACUUUAUUGUUGUUCUACAGGAUAAGAACUGGAGGAACAGCGUCAGACACAACCUGUCCCUGAAUGAGUGCUUUGUGAAGGCUGGUCGGAGUGACAAUGGUAAAGGCCAUUUCUGGGCCAUCCACCCCGCUAACUUCCAGGACUUCUCCAAUGGGGACUACCAUCGGCGCCGGGCUCGCCGCAGGAUCCGCAGGGUGACAGGACAGCUCCCCUACACCCUGCACACACCCUAUUACCCCCUCCAUAGGCCCAGGGGGGUGUCGUGCUGGUGCUGUCCCCCAGCCCACCCUCUCUCCGCGGCCCACCCUCUGUCCUACCUCUCAGCCAGGAUGUAUUGGAGCUGGCCCAGCCUGCAGGCCAGACGACACCCAACCACGCUCCGGUUCAAUAGAACCACAUAG